UUCAAAUUGGUAGCUUCUUUGAAGGUGCACGACCAAGACGUGAAGGAUGUGGUGUCGCCCUUUGAUGACACCAUUGUCUCUGUUUCCAGAGACGCUUCUGUUAAGAUAACUCGGCUAGUGGAUGUGAAAAACCAGAUUUGGACCUCAUCAAUCAACUUUGUUUCCAGUGCGUUUUUGAACAGCGUCACCUUGACGAAAUACCAAAGCAGCUAUUUGAUUGCUUCCGGUGGUCAAGACAAACUAGUUAGUUUCACCCCCUUGGGCUCAAACCAAGAUGAGAAAAUAUACCAUAAGCCAAAGUAUUGUUUGAUCGGCCAUCAGUCGAAUGUUUGUGCUUUAAAUUCUUAUUCCCUGCACUCCAUUGAAGAUGAGAACAGUUUGAUAAUUUCUUCUUCCUGGGAUAGUUCUGCAAUUGUUUGGGAAGACUUUCAAGUCAAGUAUAAGUUACUUGGUCAUUCUCAAUCUGUCUGGGAUUGCAAAUUCAUUGACAAAGACAACUAUGUGACUUGUUCUGCUGACAAAUCUAUCAAGUUUUGGUUCAAGAAUAGACUAGUCAAAUCAAUUGAGAAUGCUCAUAAAGAUGUCAUAAGAAAUUUGUUGGUAUUAAAAGAUUUAAAUCUAUUGAUAACAUGUUCAAAUGACUCUUCGAUUAAAUUUUGGAACUUUUCAGAAAGAGUUUUGAUCAAUUCAAUUGAAAACGCUCACAAUUCUUUUAUUUACACUAUAAAAAGAUUAUCAGAUGAUAAAUUUAUAUCAACGAGUGAAGACCGUUCAAUUAAGAUAUGGAACAUUCACACUUUUUCUUGUCUUCAGACUAUAACUUUUCCUUGUGUAUCAAUCUGGUCUUGUUCUGUUUUACCAAACACUGAUGAUAUAGUUGUUGCUGGUUCCGACGGUUACAUUUACAUUUUCUCAGCAGAUCCAUCAAGACAAAAUUCUGUUAAACACCAAGAAUUUUUAAAUGAUGUUGAACAUUCUGCUAUAAAUUCUCAAACUUUGGACAAAUCACAAAUUCACGAUUCAACCAUUUUGGCUACAGCCGGUAAGCAUGAUGGUCAGGUUGUAAUGGUUAAAGAUAGUUCAUCUGUAUUGGCUUACAAUUGGUCCUCAGAAGAAAACAAAUGGGUCAAAAUUGGUGUAGUAGUAGGCGGCUCUCAAGGUACAAGCUCAAAAAAGGAGUACAAGGGCAAAAAGUAUGAUUAUGUUUUUGAUGUGGAUAUAAAGGAAAACGAGCCUCCUUUGAAGCUAUGCUAUAACCUAUCCGAGAGCCCUUAUCUGGCUGCAGAGAAAUUUCUUGCUGAUAAUGACCUACCCAGAAGCUAUUUGGAUGAAGUUGUUAAUUUCAUUUUGAAAAACACUGAGCAGGUCAACAUGGAAUCUUCAUCUGCAACUCAAUCUCAAAACUCUUCAAGUUUUUAUAAUCCAUAUGCUGAUGAUCGACAAACCAAACCUGUUGAUUUUCAAACUUUUGAAUCCUUCAAAUCUUCCUUGAUUAUGGAAGGUAUUGAGAAAGGCAACAAUUCUAUUGAAAACAUUCAAGUAAAGCUUUCUAAAAAAGAAUUGACAGACAUUAGCUCAAAUCUAUCAAAUUCAUUAUUUCGAAAUGAUUCAAAAAAGGCCUUUGAUUUGCUUGAAACUUCCUUGAAAAUAGUUGAAAAUUGGCCCGUUAAUCAUAAAUUGGUUGGUUUUGAUUUAUUAAGAAUUAUCAUCAAAUACAUUCCU